ACAUUUGCUGCAAAAAAGAAAACAUGAAGCGGACGAAAAGUAAAAUUGAAUCAGUUGCGGUGCUGAGGAAAAAUGAUAAUAAUCCAAUUCUGGCUAAAUUCCAGAAUGGAGAUCUUCUGCCAGGUUCACACGAUAAUCUCGAGUGUCACUUUGCAGUGGAUAAGGCAGAGAAGAAGGGUCAUAAACUCCUGGCUGCCUGUGAUGCUUCCGUGUACAUUGGGGAUGUGAAGCAGGAUCCCCAACUGAACACAUUUAUUGCAAUCCGGAAUACUGUGACGGGAAAAAUUCGUCUGGUUCAGGUGGAAACGUGUUCAAUGCUCAGUGAGCACGUUCUGCGUGUCAGGGAAGACAGUGCUGCCCGGACGGCGAAUGAUGACUCAAAUAAGCUCUACACGCAAUUUGGUGGGAAGAAAGCCAUGAAGGCACACGAUAAAUACAAUCGUAUGAAGGUCAAUGUGGACAUUGUGAAGGAUACCCUGGAUAACACGCUGGAGAAGCACGAAGCAUCCAGGGUGGAUGAGCCAGAGGAGAUGCCAGAUUUUGGGGAUACAAAACGCAAUCCAAUUUGCCCUCCAAUGAACAAGGAAGCAAAGAAUAUAAAGGAUCUCUACUCCUUCACGGAACUCAUUGCUCCGAGGAUUCUCACGGAGAUUGAAUUUGUUGCCAAGGAAGUGCUCAAAACCCCUCCGGAUGAACUUCCGAUAGAGAGCAAUUUUAUCCUUCAGCGUAUUCGGAAGAUUCAGCAAUCCAAUAAUCCAGAAUCUCCGGAAAAUUUGCUGAAGACAAAGGCUCUGAUCUACCUCGAUGCUCUAAUGACGCUCGUCAAGAAAGUGAAGAAAGGGCAGAAUUUCAGCAGUGUGAGCCUCUCGGGGAUUUGCGAUAAUGUCGAAACGGAGAUUAGGAAGCAAUUCACAGAUCCCACCGCAACGCGACCAAUUAAAUCAGCUUUCACCACGCGCAAAGCCAUCUGCCACAUCCUCGUUCUGGGCAUCCUCCUCACGGACACAAUGGAGAUUGGCGUGGAAGAGAUGACGGUGGAACUGAAGACAACCAACAGGAAGGAACUGCUGGAGUUUGCGAUUUAUCUGGGAUUGAAGAUAAGCCCCAAUAAGGAAUUCUUGGGACUCAAGUUGCCUUCGCAGAUGGACGACAAGAGGCGCCUGAAGCCGGAAAUGAGGAGGCGCAGGAAAUAAAUUUUUUUUUCUUUU